AUGGCAUCGUCGUUGACUGUGGAUUUAUGUCUGUUUGACAUGGACGGCACCAUCGUGAGUACGACGGUGGCUGCCGAGAGCGUGUGGAGGGAUCUAUGCAAGGAUCAUGGCGUUGAUCCGGAGGAACUGUUCGAACACUCACACGGGUCACGCUCCUCUGAAAUACUGGCGAGGUUCUUCCCUCAAUUGGACAACACGGACAACAAAUUGACCUUCCAAUUGGAGCAACAAAUGGGUGCCAACUACCUGGACACGGUCAGCCUGAUCCCCGGCGCAAAGGAUCUGCUACUCAGUUUGGAUAGGAACCCUACAACGGGGGAGAAACUGAGGGGCAGGAAGUGGGCAGUGGUCACAUCUGCGACAUCUUACCUUGCAUUCAGAUGGUUCAAAACUAUCCUGAAAGAUGUGGGCAAACCAGAUGUGUUCGUGACGGGCAUGGACGUGACGAGGGGCAAGCCGGACCCUGAGGGUUACGCAAAGGCCCGGGACGAGCUCUCUGCAGUAUGGCAUUGUGAUUCCCCACAGUGUGUUGUCUUUGAGGACGCCCCCGUGGGGAUUAAAGCCGGUAAAGCGAUGGGUGCAUACACCAUCGGGAUAACCAGCACUUACGAUAAGGCUGCUCUAUUCGAUGCGGGGGCCGAUUUUGUCGUCCCGGAUUUAACUCAAGUCACAGUCACCGGGAACUCGAACGAGGGCAAAAUCACCAUUGCUAUUGGUAACGCUCUCUCGAAGAACUGA